AAGUUGAUUCUCCUAACGUUUUUUUCAUCCUUUAGGGCCUUCUGCUAAGGCAAACAUGUUUCACCUUGUACAGGGAUGUUGUUCCCACAUACCUUUAAAACUCCAGAAGUUGACCCUUCACAGACUACUACAGUAUGGAAAGAAUAAGACCACUUGUCCUUCUCCUCUCAGUCUCCCUCUGCAAAGAGUUCUUUCCCAUCCGUCGAGACCUCAGCUCCUCAGCCAGGCCUCAGCCUGUGUAACUAAGGCCCAGGGAUUCCAUUGCUCCCUUCGCUGCUUGAAGAAAAAGAAACCAAAAGAUCCUGAACCCCAACUGGGACUUCUGCGCCAUGAUAUGAGGUCACUCAAGGACUCACCAAAGCCUGCCUUUUACCUGGGCCUUGCAGGGUUGAUUCCAUUUGUUUCAGUGCCACUGAUUAUGGCUGUCCAACAGACCUACUACCCCGAGUUGGCAUUUGCUCAAAUGACAUAUGGGGCGACUGUAGUCUCUUUUCUAGGAGGAGUCAGGUGGGGAUUUGCUCUCCCAGAAAAUAGCCCAGCCACUCCUGAUUGGAUUAACUUAGGGAACAGUAUAGUUCUCCCUUUAUUGGCCUGGUUUGCCAUACUUUUUAAAGAGGACCUCACUCAAGCUGCAGUCAUGGUGAUAAUUGGCUUCGGGGUAGCAUUGCAUUAUGACCUUGCUCUUCUUCCUACUUAUCCCAGCUGGUUUAAAGCCCUAAGGGUAUUACUAACAGUGGUGGCAGUAUUUUCAUUGGUAGCCACCUUGGGACUUAUGGAUGUUUAUCCAGAAAAGCAGCUAAGUAACAGUGCAAGUAAAAGUAAAUGAAAGUGAAACAUAAACCACCAACGAUUUUUUUUUCCCUGUCAAACCACUGCAGAGUUUUGUAUGAAGUUCUAAUAGGAGUAGAAUAAACUGCUUGGCUUCUCCAUGCUUCCAGGACUACAUCCAUGAGUGGAAUCAGAAAACAGCAGCUUGCAAGAUGCUUACUGUGGGAGUAACCAUUUUCCAAGCAAGUUAAGCAGAGAGGAUUUAUAUAUACACAUUAUUCACUCUCUCUAAAUUGUUUUCAAGGCAGGUAUGCAUCUUCCCUUAUUUGUACAGCAAGAGCUCAGUCCUAACUGAGAUCUUUGGGUACUACUGUAAUAUACAUUUAAAUGUUUGGGGAUAGAUUGAACUCAUGUAUUAUGAGGAAUAAUCAUUAAAACAAGGAUGGGUCAAGAGGCUUAAUUAUAAGGUGUGUCAAGUUCUGCAAUGAAAGGAAUAAAGUUGUAGUUUUUAUAAA